AUCUGAGCUGGGUGCUUGUUGGUGCAGCAGUUGACCUAAAGCUGAAAGAAAAUGAGGCGCAGUAUGGUAUCCAGUGGCCACAUCCUUACAACCUCCUCUGUGGUGGGAGCCAGCAGUGCGUUCCAGAAUCUGUGCCUCGCCAAGGUGGAAGUCCAGCCUAACUUGCCUCAAAGAACUGUGCUGGGGGUGAUAAGUGACAACGAACAACACGGAAGAUCCAUUAGUCGGGGUGGUGCCCCUGCAAAGUGUCUUCCUGGCAUUGAAAAUGUUCUUCCUUUCCCUGGAAAAUUCCUGUCUGCAAACCCAGCACCUGUUGUUCCAAAGCCAAGUUUUACGGUCUAUGUGGAUGAGCCAGAGCAGCCCACAGAAACCUAUUCAAUUGAAGUUGAUUGUCCCAGUUUGGAUGAAGUGGAUUCAAAUCUUGUGAAGCAGAACAUCCACCUGCUUCUAGAUAUCAGUGCAGCUUCUCCAAUGGUGGUUGACGCCUCUUUCCAGACAAGCCAAGAGGAUGACUCCAUAACGGAUCCUGAUGCUGUAGCCGUGUCAGAAUAUAUAGAUGAGAUUCACCAGUACCUGAGAGAGGCUGAGUUAAAAAACAGACCGAAGGCUUAUUACAUGCGUAAGCAGCCAGACAUUACAUCGGCAAUGCGUACAAUACUUGUGGACUGGCUAAUAGAAGUUGGUGAAGAAUACAAGCUCCGCACAGAGACUCUUUAUCUGGCUGUGAAUUAUUUGGAUCGCUUCCUGUCAUGCAUGUCUGUACUCCGGGGAAAGCUGCAGCUUGUAGGAACCGCAGCUAUAUUACUAGCAUCAAAAUAUGAAGAAAUCUACCCUCCUGGUGUUGAUGAGUUUGUGUACAUAACGGACGAUACAUACUCCAAGAAACAGCUUCUGCGCAUGGAACACCUUCUGCUGAAGGUUCUGGCCUUUGACCUUACUGUACCUACAACCAGCCAAUUCCUUCUACAGUACCUGCAGAGACAUGCAGUCAGCGUGAAGACUGAGCACCUUGCAAUGUACUUGGCAGAACUAACACUGUUUGAAGUGGAGCCGUUCUUGAAGUAUGUUCCUUCACUCACUGCUGCUGCAGCCUACUGUCUUGCCAAUUAUGCACUCAACAAAGUGUUCUGGCCUGAAACACUGGAAGCCUUCACUGGCUACACACUGAGUGAAAUAGCACCUUGUCUAAGUGAUAUGCACCAAGCCUGUCUCCAUGCCCCUUAUCAGGCUCAACAAGCAAUUCGGGAGAAGUACAAGACCCCCAAGUAUAUGCAAGUCUCUCUACUGGAGAUGCCAGCAACACUCCCCCUCAACUGAAGCCUUCCAGACUGGAUGCACACAGCACUUACCUCAUGAUCAACAGUGUUGGUCUUUUUUUAUGAGGACACUGCAGGCCAAGUGUCCAAUGGAGCGGUUUUAUUUAUUGAUGUGCAUACAGACUCCUGUGCUUUUAAAACUGACUUUUUUUUAUUCUGUGUAAACUAUAGAACUUAUUUAUAGCAAAGCCUCUGAUACUGGGAACAAUGUUGCUUGCUGUGGGAUCAAUAGUCUGCAAGCACUUUAGUUAGAUGUACUACUACAAAUCGGAACCCUAUGAUCAGAGCUGAUUUGCACUGACUAACUGACACCAAUACGCUAUUAUUUAAGACUUGGACAAUCCUGACUCAUUCCUACAGUUGAAACGCUCAAGGAAAUGCUUUAUUUUAACAACAUUGAAUAAGGGCUUCAUUAUCCAGGUUUUCUUAACUUGUGAUAGUGUUGUGUUUUUAAUAAAAUUGAUUUACUCCAA